CAACAAUUUAAGCUUCAAGACCAGAACCACCACCAUCGCCAACAUCAAGUAACGUUGGCUUUUAUUAUGUUUUAACUCUCCUCCUGUGCUUUCGGAGCUUCUCUGUGGUCACCAUGGACGCAGCAUUGUCCCUGGAACAGAUAGGCAGAGACAAGUUUUAAUGCUGUGUAUCCCCAAUAAAGUGGACCGAAUCAUUUGAGCUGAUCACAGAGCUGGACCCCGUUCAAUGAACAAUUCAUCACCUCAUGUUGAAUAUAAAUAAACAGACCAAAUCAUCAGAGCCAAACCCACAAAAGAGGUUUGGAGCAAUUAGAGCCAUUCAAGACUUGACUGCUGAGACGCUGACCAGCUCAAGUGUCCGACUCGCAGCCACUGAGUUCACACAUCCAGAACCGGCGGGUCUCACACUGGUUCCAGUGACUUUAAGGUAAAAUCAGUUACUUUAGUCGUUAGUAUGUUAGUGACCAACAGGCCAGCAACGAGGCCUUAGUAAUAAAAUUGAGUAUGUCAGUAAAGUUUUAUUUUAUGUUUUUUAAAAGUCUGAGCCAGAAGUUGUAACACAGCAGGAACCGAAUUCUCCAAACUCAUAUUGACACAGCGACGUGUGACCUGAGCCUUUGACAGGACAGCACUACACGUGUGGUGUUGUUGGAGCAAGGUCUGCGGACACAGGACUCGUGAAGCUGGCUGCAGUUUCAAGCCUUAAGAAAAUAUUUCUGCUGUAUCUUAUCAGCUUACACACAUACAAGACCACUGUUCUCCAGUGUCUGUCGGCAGAACCCAGGAAUACCCAGUUUCCACCAUCUGAAAUAAUCCUGUGGUGAAUGACAUUUAAAUCAAAGUUCAAAGUAGUUUGACUUCAUGUAGACUUGUUGGUCGCAUACUUCCAACUUAUAAUUCCUACAUUAGAGCAGACAUUGUGUGGCUUCAGUGGGUAGAACAUCUGACUGGGCAGAGUGUCCUGGGUUUGAGCCCUGUCACCAGGUGUGUCCUUGAGCAAGACACUUCACGCUUCAGCUAUACUUACUGAGCUGCCACAUAGCUGUCCACUGCUCCCCAGGGGCCACGUCACAGCCACUGAACGAAAAGUAAAAAACAAGUGAUGUGUUCCCAGUACUGAGUCCUGUAGAACAGCACAGUCGUGACCAUGAGCGCGGACGAGGACGCUCGCUGGCUGGAAUGGGUCACCAAACAGUUCGAGAGCAUCGCAGGAGACGACAAAGAGAUCGACCUCAGCGAGUUUAAAGCAGCCCUGAAAGUCAAAGAGUCCUUCUUUGCCGAGCGGUUCUUUGCUCUGUUUGACUCGGACGGCAGCGGCUCUAUCAGCCUGGACGAGCUGCUCAGGGCAUUGGACCUGCUUAUCCACGGCAGCGACACCGACAAGCUGAAGUUCCUCUUCCAGGUGUACGACGUGGACGGCAGUGGUUCCAUCGACCCAGACGAGCUGAGAACGGUUCUGAAGUCGUGUCUGCGUGAGAGCGCCAUCUCUCUUCCCGAGGAGAAGCUAGAUGACCUGACACUGGCUCUGUUUGAGUCGGCCGACAAGGACAAGAGCGGCUCCAUCACCUUCGAGGAGCUCAAGGCUGAGCUGGAGACCUUCCCCGAGGUCAUGGAGAACCUCACCAUCAGUGCCGCCAACUGGUUGAAGCCUCCGGAUCUGGAGCAGAAGAAGCGGCAGACUCCUCGGUACCUGACACGGUCCUACUGGCACAACAACAGCCGGAAGCUGCUGUUCCUAUGUGGCUACGCCUGCCUCAACAUGCUGUUGUUUGUGGUGGCAAUGCUGCGGCACAGACUCGGAGGAGGCUGGUUCAUGGUGGCCAAGGGCUGCGGACAGUGCCUCAACUUCAACUGCACCUUCAUUAUGGUACUGAUGCUGCGUCGCUGCCUCACCUGGCUGAGGGCCACCUGGGUUGUGAGGGUCCUCCCCCUGGACCAGAACAUCCUGCUGCAUCAGACUGUGGGCUACGCCGUCCUGGCCUUCACCCUGGGGCACACCGCCGCUCACGUCUGCAACUUUGUGCGGCUAUCGGAGAGCAGCAAGUUCACUGUGUGGGAAUUCCUGCUGACCACCAGGCCCGGCAUCGGCUGGGUCAAGGGCACAGCCUCGCUCACCGGGGUGGUUCUGCAGCUUCUCAUCUGCCUCAUGGUCUUCUGCUCCAGCACGUUUGUGCGUCGCAGCGGACACUUUGAGGUGUUCUACUGGUCUCACCUGGCCUACGUGUGGGUCUGGGCUCUGCUCAUCGUUCACUGUGCCAAUUUCUGGAAGUGGUUUGUGAUUCCAGGUCUGGUCUUUGUGCUGGAAAAGAUUGUGGGGGUUGCUGUUUCUCGCAUGGGGGGCCUUUACAUCGUUGAGGUCGACCUGCUGCCAUCCAAGGUGACUCACCUGGUGAUCAAGCGUCCCCAGUUCUUCCAUUUCAAACCAGGAGAUUACGUCUACAUCAACAUCCCAGCAAUCGCCAAAUAUGAGUGGCACCCAUUCACUAUCAGCAGUGCCCCAGAGCAGCCAGAUACUCUGUGGCUGCACAUCCGAUCAAUGGGCCAGUGGACCAAUCGCCUGUACGAGUACUUCAGACAAGGGAAGAGCGACAUGGUCCAACCCAGGAGACUGUCCAUCAGCCUGAGGAGGCGACGGCAGCUGACAAGAGCCCAGGAUGACCUGUUCAGGGCUACGAAUGGUGACAAGCCUGUGGCGUCUAACACAGACAAUGCCAUUGAGUUGAUGAUGUACCGUCACAACAGCUCCCUGUCCGAAGUGACCUCGAGGCCAGUAGAGGCUUCCUCAGAAAAGCUGGGCCCUGCAGAAAGAGGAGAGGCCCCUCCGCUAACAGAGUUUUCUGCCAAGUUUGGUGAGAACCACAGGUUCUGCAACAUCAAGUGCUAUGUAGACGGACCCUUCGGGACGCCUACUAGGCAGAUUUUUGCCUCUGAACACGCUGUUCUGAUUGGGGCGGGCAUCGGCAUCACACCCUUCGCUUCCAUCCUGCAAAGCAUCAUGUAUCGGUACCGCAGGAGAAAGCAGAACUGUCCCAGCUGUCACUACUCCUGGUGUGAGAACGUUAAAGACGACGACAUGAAGCUUCGCAAAGCAAGAACAUGCUUUUAUAUGUCACUGGUGGACUUCAUCUGGAUCAACAGAGACCAGAGGUCGUUUGAAUGGUUUGUCAGUUUACUGACUAAACUGGAGAUGGACCAGGCUGACGAGGAACCAGAAGGCCGUUUCCUGGAGAUGCACAUGUACAUGACGUCGGCGCUUGGUAAGAACGACAUGAAGGCCAUCGGCCUGCAGAUGGCGCUGGACCUGUUGGCCAAGAAGGAGAAAAGAGACUCCAUCACUGGGUUGAGGACCAGAACCCAACCUGGACGGCCAGAGUGGGGGAAGGUGUUUCAGAAAGUGUCUAAGGAGAACAAAGGGAAGGUCCACGUGUUUUACUGUGGUGCUCCAGCUCUGGCUAAAGUCAUCAAAGCUCAGUGUGAACACUUCGGCUUCAACUUCUACAAGGAAAACUUCUGAGAAUGUUCCUGCUGUUCAGCUCUGUGUAGUCUCUGCCCUCCAUGACCUCUGAUAUCCUGAUCACGAUCCAGACCUAACACACUGCACAGCCGCUGUCUGAGCAGAAGUGCAGUGCAGAUGUCGAAGACAUCAAUUUGGUAGCUUUCUUUAAACUUCCAAUGGAUCAGAAUGUAGUGUUAGAGUCAAACUUGUAUGUAACUGUGUACAUCAUUAUUUAUUUAUUGUGGAUAUUCCUUGAUGUUUGUAUUUACAACUUAGACGUGAACCUUCUCUGACAGUUCUGACAUUUUAAUUUGAAUUUGCUGAUAACAUGAAGCUUAUUCAGAAACCUAUAAUAAAAAGUUAAAUUGUCUCAAUGCAAAAAAGCAAAAUAAAUAAAUAAAACAACAUUCUAACACGGAAUAUCAAAAGGCAAAUUAAGGCAAAUUACAGACGUAUAAUGAGCAAAGUAAAAGUAACGUGUGAGAAUUACAGCUUGUGCAGUCUUUAAGAUAUUGUUCAUUGUAUUUUUAGAUUUUACUAAUUGAUUUAUUAUAAGGUAUUUAGUUAUUAAAGGAGGAGAUUUGAAAAAGCUGAGUAGUUCGUAUAACGUGAUUUCACUAACUUGUCAUGAUUUUUGGACUAUUAUGUUGGACUAAUGUGCUAAACGUGUGAUGUAACUAAAACUCACUAUGCAGAGGCACAAGAUGAAAACGGUCAAAGAACUAGAACCUCGGCUUUUACUUACUUUUUAUUAAACCGUUUAUUAUUUUUAGUAAUGUUUGCAGAUUGUUACAGUGAGUUUGUUUAUUUU